CAUUCGAGGUGGGGAUCGAUGAUCUAUCUGUCAAAAAUCAAGUGAAAAAAGUGCAGCUGCGAAAAUAGGUGAAAAGGUGCAGUAAAAUUGACGAUAUUGCGACCAAUUCUAUCGCCGUGUGCGCGUCCAUCGUGCGUUGUGGGAAAAUUAGUUGCGAGUUUGCUGUGAAAAUUGCGUGAAAAGUGUGAUAUUUUGGUGUGUUGGGGAUUUUCUUUUCAUCCCUGCCCCCCACUCCCAAAAUCAACCCUUUGGUCGUGACGUCAAUCUGUCAAAAAACCUGUGAGAGAAAAUUCAUUUCUCCCAUAAAAAAAGCGAAGAUAUUUUGCAGCUCAAACGGUUGGCGGAAAUUACACAAAAUCCGAAUGAAUUGAUGUGCCCAUGAAGGUGAUUGCGGUCUCAAGUGCUCCGGGAAGGAUUAAUUGAGAGCAUUUUUGUGUACACAGAGAGUUGUGACUGUGCAGUGUGGCGUGUGAGGUGUUGAGGCGUUAAUUGAUUUUCACAGUGUGAUUGUUUUGCGCUCUGCAUUGCUCCGGGAAUCACCUCUAGGUCACACAGCAGCUCACCAGGAAAACCCAGCUCAUUGCAGCCUCUCAUUCAGCGUACACCAAGAUGCCCCUGUGGAAGUCACAAAAGUCCCCGGCGGAGCUUGUCAAGGCGCUCAAGGAAUCCGUGAAUUCCCUCGAGCGUGGCGAUAAGAAGGCUGAAAAGGCACAGGAGGAUGUCAGUAAGAACUUGGUACUUAUCAAGAAUAUGCUGUAUGGGACAUCAGAUGCGGAGCCACAGACAGAUUACAUUGUGGCGCAAUUGUCUCAGGAGCUGUACAACAGCAAUUUGCUGCUGUUACUCAUACAAAACCUCAACCGGAUUGACUUUGAGGGGAAGAAGGAUGUGGCGCAGGUCUUCAACAAUGUGCUCAGACGGCAAAUUGGCACGAGAUCACCGACAGUGGAGUACAUUUGCACAAAGCCCGAAAUUCUUUUCACAUUGAUGGCGGGCUAUGAGCAUCAGGAGAUUGCCCUUAACUGCGGGACAAUGCUGCGCGAGUGCGCACGGUAUGAGGCAUUGGCGAAAAUAAUGCUCCAUUCGGAUGAAUUUUUCAACUUUUUCCGCUACGUCGAGGUGUCGACGUUCGAUAUUGCCUCAGAUGCAUUCUCAACAUUCAAGGAGCUCCUCACGAGGCACAAGAUUCUCUGUGCUGAAUUCUUGGAGACGAACUACGAUAAAGUCUUCUCACACUACCAGAGACUGUUGAAUUCGGAAAACUACGUCACACGACGACAGAGUCUCAAGCUGCUCGGGGAGUUGCUGCUCGACAGGCACAACUUUACGGUUAUGACAAAGUACAUUUCGAAUCCGGACAACUUGAAACUUAUGAUGAAUAUGCUAAAGGAGAAAUCGAGAAAUAUUCAGUUUGAAGCCUUCCACGUAUUCAAGGUAUUUGUGGCGAAUCCAAAUAAACCGAAACCAAUACUGGACAUUUUACUGAGGAAUCAGGAGAAGUUGGUGGAUUUUCUCACGAAAUUCCACACCGACCGAUCCGAGGAUGAGCAGUUUAACGACGAGAAAGCUUAUUUAAUUAAGCAGAUAAAAGAACUCAAGCCAGCCCCUGAACAAUAGUGAAAUAUUUAACAUUUAAUAUUAAUAUAAAUAUAAAAAAAAAGAAAUAUCAAUUAAUUAUUGAGAAAAAAUAUUGCUAUAUUCAUAAAAUAUGCAAACCUAAUAAAAAAAAUACUAUUAUAUUAGUAAAGAAAAAAAAACAGAAAAUAAAAUUAUUAUACAACAAAAUAUUGAGAGGGAUGUGAAAAUAAAUGAGAGACGGGAGUUGAUGGUUCGGAAAAGCGGUUUGGCAGGUAAUGAUGGCAUUAGGUAGGCAGAGAGACGAGGAAGAAGCAAAAAAAAAAUAAUAAUAAUUUAAAAAAAUAAAUUGUAAUUAACACUAAAAAAGGAAUUUUAGGAAUAAAAGCGUGGCGAGGAGAUAUUAAAGAAAAAUAAAAUAAAACGAAAGGAUGACUUGAAUAAAAGAAAAAUAUAUUUAUAAAAAAAAUUGGCUGGAUUAUCUCAAUAAAAAAAUUAUUAUAGAGAAAUUUUUUUGCGAAACAGAGAAAAAAAUAUUUAGACAUUUACUUGUUUAAUGCAGUUUUGAGAGAGAAAAAAAAAACAGAAAAACGGGGAUGUUUGAUAGACAAAAAAAUUAAUUAAAAAAUGAAUAAAAAUCUUUAUCCGAAUAAAAAAAAGUUGUUCCUACGUUCUUUUAAUAAAAAAAAAUAAAAAAUAAAACAUGAGAGAGUGAAGGUAAUAAAAGCAAAUAAAAAAAAUUCUGUACUGAAUUUUCGUGAAUAAAAAUAAAGAAAAGGAUUCAGAGAGGAAAUGUUCUCGUUACAUUGAUGGAGCUGCGCCAAAUCCUCUGCGGGAAUUUUUUUCACAAGACCUCCCCCACACCCCCCAACUCGUUAAUCUCGACAAGUUUUGAUAUUUUAUAAUUUCUUCUAUUACUCCUCUUAAUUAUUUUCUUUUUUCUCUUCUCUAAUUUAUAGGCAACAGCGGAAGGAAAUUUUGUUUAUUUUAAAAUAAUAAAUUUAAGAUUUUGUAAAAUAAAAAAUGAUUUUCCCUCCCAAAAGAAACUGUGAAAAAUAAAUAAAUAAAAUAGAGAAAUAAAAGGUGAUUAAAUUAUUCUUCCCCUAUUUUCCCCCUCCCUUCUUUCCCCAAUCUUCGUUGACUUUGUGUGUUUGUGUGUGUGUUGUAAAUCAAAAGCACAAAAAGGCCAAUAUUAUUUAUAUUUAUGUAAUAAAAAAAAUAUUUAGAAAAUAAAAAGAUUUUUAACAAACGAAAAAAAUGUGACAAGAAAAUAAAAAAAUUAAUGAGGAACAAAUAAAAUUGUAUUUUGGUUGUCUUUUAUUUAACAAAAAAAAACUGAUUUCAAAUAAAAAAAAAAGAACAAGGAAUUUGAUAGAGAGAGAAAAAAAUGUAAAGAAAAAUAAAAUAAAACUGAACAACAAGAUAUUUUUCUAUUUAGCAAAAAAUGCGAAAUUUUUUAGCGAAAUGGGAAAUUAAAUAAAAAAAAUUGAAGGUGCGCCAAAAUGUGAUUUUUCAUUGAACAAAAUGACAAAAAUAAAUUAGUAAAAAAAAUUAUGCUAA